AUGUCUGAAGCAGGAUGCUGUUCCGAAGAAGGCCACGUCGCUGUCACUCAAUCAACCGUUAAUGGCGGUGGCAGCGCAGACACUGCUACCAGGACUGUAGAGUACAACGAGGACGAGAACCGGGGUGCUAACACGCUCAAUAUAAAGCUGCAAAUCAGCCUAGUCAACAGGCACACACAACCACACUUUCCAGCUGCUCAAGUGAGCCCAACCUUAUGUCUAUCCAUUAUUGCGGUCAAGAGCAACCAAGACAGUAACACGUCGCUGGAUACCAAAGCGUACGGUAACCCUGACACAGAACCUUCAUCAAGAGGCGAUGAAAAUUGCACGAACUCUUCCAUUCCUCGAGGAGCUAGUUUGAAGCCAGCAGCAAAUUCGUCGUCGGUAAAGGGAGUCCGGAGCAGCAGUCUUAUACCCGUGCCAAUUCAGAGGCGGAGCGCCGAACAGCUCGGUGCCACUUUACAGAAAAGGCAGAGUGAGACUUGUUUUUCAGGUGCUCGGCUAGUUGAGAAGCCUCGUGGACCUCGUCCUCGACCUCCGUCGGAGCAGACCACUCUAGUCCAUGAGUCAACUGAAGGAAUGGAACGGAAACCUGGACUAACACCUCCAUCCGCAUCUUCUUCGACUGUCAGCAGUUGGGACUUCAGGGAUAUCGGCGAUCCCGAGAGGCCGCCGACUGUUUUUACUGGCGAACACCGUACACGGGUGCUAGGAACUCCAGGUCAUCGUUCCCCAGGGCCUACUCUAAAAAUCGCUUCAUCUGCCGAAGACGUGAUUAUGGGAGGAGCGUCUGGAGAAGCGUCAAAAAAAGUCGAUGCUCAGCCCUCUACCCCUUCUUUGUUUCAACGCCUGGAUAAGCUUACGCCCAACACCCCAAAGGAUACCAACAAAAUCGGAGACACUGCCCUCGAAUCGGUGGAAACACCACAUUCCAAGGGAAGUGGUGGCAAUAGUCAAGGAAGUACUCCGUCUACCCGGAAGCUUUGCCGUCCUCAGCUUCCGCUUGAUAGCAUUCAAAAAAGGGACAUCAGUGGGAAAGAGAUGUCCAUUUCACGAAAGACAGUCAACAAGCCCAGCCUGAGUAGCCUUUUUUCACCAAGUUCGAGAAGCUUGCGACCUGUGGACGAGCCUAUUGUGCCGAAGAUACCAGAACGGUACCACACUGAUCCAGAAACAGGAAUUCGCCAGGUUCCUAGCAAGAUGGCUGAGUCAGAGACUCCAGUGAAGGUCGCGUCGGAGUUUAAAGACACGACCAAAUCUGAACCUGAGAGCACGCCAAUGCCUGUGACUGCCAUUAAAGUUAGUGCAAUGAGCCCACAUCCUCCUCGAACCUCUUCACUUCAGGCUUUAACCAACAUCCCAAUCUGUUCUGGCUCAGCGUCCAGCUCUGCUGUCACCGGGGAAGCUUCUACAGUGGCCACGAAUUUGCGAAGGAACGUCACAUUCAAUGAUAUCGCGCCUUUCGCUUCGCACGUGGAGAAUCUGAGUCAGAGCCCUGACAAGUCUAGGCUUUUUGAGUCGAGAAGCAACCAUCUUCUGGGCAGCUUCCGCAAUAUAUUUCGUUCUCGGAGCGGCACUGCUGAAAAGGAGCGUGUCAGAAAGGUAGAUGUCGAUGCACCAAUCACUUUGACCGAAAACCAAGCCCCUAGCACUGAGGGGAGUGCGGCAAAAGAUUAUCAUCUCCAUAACAAUCUUGAAAAGGGUCUUAAACUGAAGCCGAAGCACACCCGACUCUCCAGUGGAGUAAGCUGGAACAGAAGCUCCCGUAACCCUAAGAACGCGGAGUCGCCUACUACUCCAACCCCAUCAGUUCCCCGUCUGCUUGCGCCUCCACACCGCGAUUCUGAGGGAAACAUACCAUCAUUCGCUCGUCCCACAAGGUCAACCCGUAUAAAGGCAAAUUCCGGCUCGAAGGAACAGGCUUCAGGUACUCUGCAGGGCCAUGGACGCAGAUCUCAUGUGCGUACGGCUUCAACUGGCAGCCCCCAACGUUUGACCCAUGGGUCCAGGCGCACCACCGGUAACUUAUUGAUGCUCUCUACUCAGAAGAGAGCAAUCCAGUCCCCAUCUUCUGUAUCCGGAAGGACGGUGGGAGUCUUGGAUCUGUCGAUCGGCUGCACACAACCGAAGAACCUGGACGCCUUCCGCGCCUGCUUGGAAACCCUUUGCAAAAAGGUUGGCGAAGCACUUACCUCGCAGGAAAGAGACAGGCAUCUUCGCCUUGCCCUUAGUCUGCAACAACAGCUCGCUGACUACCAAGGCAUUGAGAAGGCCGCUUUGGAUACCGAGACUUUAGCAAAAGAGAAGCUCUUGGAGAGACAAGUUGCAGAGGAAGCCCUUAAUACGAGUCUAGCUGAAGUGCAGUCCCAAAUUGAGAUGGACUAAGUUUAGGAGCUUACGCUCAUUUCAAUAUACCCAAAAUUGGUUGAUACGCUCGAUCCAUGUUUUGAGUUUAUUUUCUUUUGUUUCGUCCU